AUGGAAGACGAGAAGAAGACGGUCAUGGUUGCAGCCUUGUCCGCAUACGCCGAUCUGCUCGUUCAGCAGUCAGCACGUCUCAGCAAGGACGAGGGCAAAGGUAAGGGGAAGGCCGCCGACGACGAUGUAGACCUAUUGGCCGAGCUGGAGCGCGACAUGGUGCUAUGCCGGGAGCUCACUAGCAGCAUCGCCGAUGCAACACCUGGCGACGACAUUGUCCAUCGCAUGGGGACAGCGACCGGCCUUCGGAGUUCUCGACAGCGCUCGCUCUACCCAGGCCACAGCAGUGGGUACCUUCACGACGACGAAUCCGACAUCAACCCCUUCACCAAUCUACCCAUUGUUGUUGAGACGGGAUACGAACCAGGCCCAUCAACCAGACCACCGGCGCCGCUCCCGAGGACUGCGCCUUCUGUUGCAUCUGCACGCACCAGGUCCAGGACCGCCCCACAACCGUGGAAAGACGUGUCUACCACGCCAGUGGCGUCUUCGACUCUCAACAUUGACUUCCCGUUACAGCCGAAGGCGCUUCCGGAAGCCGACAGACGAAGGGUUGUUCCGUGGAUCCCUAAGCUGGCCGAACCAGCUCCCUUGCGGCCAUUUAUCGCAGCCAUACAGCCGGAAAACAUAUUCGCCUCUUUGACUCUGGCCCCAAGCUCGGCAACAGCGUGGAACAAAGACCCAGACGACCAACUCUCCAGCAGGAAGACCAGAUACGGACAGCGCAUCGCAUCUAUGGUGUCUGGAAUCAAAGGCGCCACAGGACUCGGGAGCUUGAUGACAACGGGUCGCUGGGGAGGAAACCGGCCAGCUGCCCAAACAGCUCCUGCCGAGCCUGUAGUUCCUGUACUGCUUCCUUCCACGUCCUCGGCAUCAGUACUAGACAAUGCUUGCGUCAGGGUCAAGUCUGAGAGCGACGCCUCGACGCCUGUAUCCAGCAACGGCAGCAGCACGUGGUCAGUGGUCGACACCACUAGUACCACCAGUACCCCUCGGCUUCGGCGGUGGUCGGCCGCGACCUCGUCGACAAAGACGACCAGCACAACGCCGGCCCGGCAGUCUGGUCUCCUGACUUGGCUCAGCAGCGGCAGAGGAACGUCUCAUGACGUUGACGGUCUCCAACAUGAACUUAAAGACGCUCCGCUAUACCAGUCGCCGCUAUGCCUCACGCUGGAAACAAAAGACGAUGUCUUCGCGCCCCCUCCUCGCGCUUCGAUGCCCAUCCUGGCGUUGAGUCCUCAGAGGUCUCGGCAAGAUGCGGCACAUGUGCCCGCUUCGCCCCCAAUUCCAGCCAGCUCCAGCUCUCCUAGCCCAGUGGCCAGCUUCGCAGCACGCAGCAAUCCCUUUUCUUCUCUCCUGGAGAGCACCGAGCCAGCGGCAGCGGCAACCUAUAAGCACUCUAUCAUCUUCGCGGGCGAAGAGCUGACCUCGAACAAACCGCUACUCGCACCGUCGAUUCCCUCUCUGUCACCCUCUCUCUCAUCCGUCUCACCUGCAGAAGAGCGAACAGAAGAGGCAACAACUGCAAAAGAGACGGCAGCUGUAGACUCAUCGCCACCACCACCGCCAAAGACAACCAAAUCAGAGACAGCUGCAGCAGAGACACCAGCAGCCGAGACCCUAACCGCAGAUACACCACCGCCAUAUGACACCCCGCCCUUAUAUUCACAGAGUAUGCCCCACGACACGCAAGCAAGCGAUACGGUCGAGGCAGACAUGGCGCUGGCGCUGGCGCUGGCGCGUGCCGAGUUCCGUGACGUGCAGAUGCAGCGUGACCGGCUGUUGGCCUACAGCAUCGCGCAUGGUACGGCCGAUGACAACGACUUUGAGCUCGCGUACCGCCUGACACAGCAGAUGGACGACGCGAUCGUGUCGUUCAAUGCGGCCGUGUCUUCGGGACCGGGCCAUCGCGACAGUGACGAUAUGACGGCGGCUGGUGGUGUCGGUGCUAGUAAGAGCACCAAAGCCAGCGGUGUCGGCAGCGAGAGCUGGAUGUUCUGGGACGAUGUCGAGGAGGCGUCGUCAGCGGGCGUGAGCCGAGCCCUGCAGGACCACGAGCAGCAGCAACUGUCGAUAGAUCUGUGCCACGCGCUCCGAGCCGCGGAGGCGGAGGAGGGCGAGGAAGCGAGCCUGACGGCGGCGCGGCGGUUGCAAGAGGAGGGCGAGGAAGCGAGCCUGGCAGCAGCGCGGCGGUUGCAGGAGCAGUUCGACCUUGAGGACCGGAAUGAUGAAGGGUUGUUUUCGGAGUGGAAGGCGGCGAACAUGGAGGGAUGCGUGGUGUGCGGCGACGAGCUGCUGCCCGAGGAUCUGGUGCGGCCGCCGUCGUGCGGCCAUGGCUUCUGCGACGCGUGCUUAGCGGCAGGGUUCCGGGCGGCGCUGGCGUCCAAGACGCCUUUCCAGUGCUGUGGCGCCGAGCAGCGACUGGCCGUGGGCGACUGCCUCUCGCUGCCGGUGGGCGAGAAGACGCAGUACGAAGACAUGGUGCUCGAGCUGACGACGCCGAACCCGACGUACUGCAGCGCGGCAAAGUGUGCUGCCUUUGUGUCGCCGCGCUUCGUCAUCGGCGACAUUGCCACUUGCCAGCGGUGCGCCGCCAGGACCUGCCGCCACUGCAAUCGCCCUGAUCACCCGGGCGCCUUCUGCAAGGAGGACACCGAGACCGAGGCCGUCAAGAAGCUGGGGCUCGACAAGGGCUGGAAGACGUGCCCCGGCUGCGGCCACCUGAUCGAGCGCACCAUCGGCUGCCUCCACAUGGUGUGUGCCAAGUGCCAGACGGCCUUUUGCUACCGCUGCUCCAAGAGGUGGAGGGACUGCGAGUCGACCUGUCCAGACGCACUAUCAGCGACGCACCCAAAGAAUUAUGUUGGCCCGUGA